AAAGUUCAUAGUUUACAUUCGAGGUCAGAGUGUCCUUCCACACCACACGUGUGUAUCUAUCCAGGCAGUGAUCUGUAUUACGCUAGUAACGAUCGGCACACUAGAACACAGCUAUUAUCAACGUUGUUUUCUUAGCUAUUGAUAACAUUUACCAAACUGUAACCAUGCUAAAGUCACUUUCCCGAGCAGUAAGUACCGCAAUUCGAAUUUCUACAACCGGUACAACGUCCUCUGCCCGAGCCCUGCAACCUCUUACGAGAUCGGCGUUAUGCUCAACAAACUCUGGAACAAUCCGGCCUUUCACACGAUCUUUGUGGAUGAUGAAUAACAAUAGCGGGGCAGCAUCGGGGUACAGACCAAAACUCUUCAGUUCAAAAGGAUCAAGUCCUGUAUCCUGUGGAUGUGAAUCGCUACAUACAGAAGGAGACAAAGCUUUUGGAGACUUCCUUUCAGAUGAAAUAAAAGAAGAGAAGAAGAUCCAGAAACACAAGGCUCUUCCCAAAAUGUCUGGAGGAUGGGAGCUCGAGCAGAACGGCACAGAAGCCAAACUCAUCAAGAUGUUCUCUGGAGAAAAAGUGACGGUCACAUUCAACGUCAACAACAGUAUUCCCCCAAACUUUGAAGAGGAAUCAGAACAAGCGGCGGGACAGAAGUCUGCGGACGACGAGCCAGAUGUUGUGUCAACACCCAACUUUGUUGUCGAGGUGACAAAACCGUCUGCCAAGCAUUCCCUGGUGUUUGACUGCCAUUAUCCCGAAGAUGAGGCCAAAUUCAUUUUCCAGGCGACCCGUGGGGAAGGUGAAGAGGAGAGUGACAUCUUCGCAAUCCGUGAGGUCAGCUUCCAGCCUGAGGGAGACGUGGAGUGGAAGGAGACUUCCUACAAUCUCAACACAGACUCUCUCGACUGGGCUCUGUAUGACCACCUGAUGGACUUCCUGGCUGACCGAGGGGUUGACAACACGUUUGCUGAUGAGCUGAUGGAGCUGAGCACUGCCAUGGAGCACCAUGAAUACAUCAAGUUCCUGGAGGACCUCAGUGGCUUUGUCAAAUGCAAUUAAUGGAUGUAUGGAAUGAAACGGAUCCCACAGGUUGUGUCCACAGUCCCCGUUCACAUACCCCACCGAGACGGAGUGAAGGCACUGAUUGGAGACAUAGCAUAACCUGCGUUAGGACAGCGUUAGUGAGUUAACACAGCUCUAUGUAAAAUAUCUGCAACAAAUUUCUGUUUACUGUAACUUAAUUAGGGGUAGUAUAUGAAUGCUGUUGGAUUGUUAACAUUUGUCAAUAUUAUGGAAGUCUGGAAAAUGUUAGUCUGUAUCUGUCCCAACCUUGAGGUAAUAAAUGUUUAAAUCCUGCCAAAUCA